AUGCACGCGCUGUUGUGCAUGCUGGGCAUACUGCUGGGGACCGCUGGCUCAGCGAGCAAGGGUGCUGCGAUUCCGAGCUACCAAGACCAGUGCUCGGACGGCUCCGUUGGCAAGAUAUGUUCCACACACCGAAGAAUCCAAAGAAGGUCUUCCGCACCAGUCAUUCUGGACCACGAUGGCAACUACGACGACAUUCUCGUCCUUUUGGUGCUGCUGAAUUUUCGCCCGGCAGUGGACUUGAAGGCAGUUCUGGUCACUCCUGCCGACUGCGAGCUCGAACCUGCUGUCGACGUCUCCUCCACAGUGCUUUCCAUGUUUGGUCAUGAUGCACCCGUGUUGCCAGGCAACUUUCCUGCACGCUUCAACGAGUUUCCCCGGGUUUGGCGAGAGCUGGCCUCCGAAAUGCAGCAAGUGGCUGACAUCUAUUUGCAUGCCUCUGCCUCGUCAAGGCCGAAGCCGAAGCCUGCGGUCACUGCAGAAGAAUGGCUUGCAGACUAUUUGCUUAAGGCGGAGGAGGAGGAGAACAAGACGGAUUUCGUUAUCACAGGGCCUGCGACGAAUUUGGCAUCGACGCUGAAGCAGCACCCCGAGCUGAUAAGGAAGGUGGGUACUGUGCUCUGGAUGGGGGGAGCCGUGGAUGUGAAUGGAAAUGUCCGCGACGAUGACCAGCGACCGCAGGAAAGCGACGGCACCGCCGAGUGGAAUGCUUUUUGGGAUCCUGAAGCUACCAGAGAUCUCUUAAAGUUGGGCCUUGACCUAAGGUUGGUCCCCCUCGAUGCCACUGACGAUGUCCCGGUCACCAAGGACUUCAUCCGGCGAUUGGACCCGACCCUCGAAGUGGCCCGUACUGCACGCCAGAUCUGGGCACAGUCAAAGUUUCAGAAGAGCAAUGCCGUGUACUACAUGUGGGACACGCUGACGGUGCCCUCCCGGCAUCCGUAA